GGAAAACGUCGUAUAUACAUAUAAAUAUUUUUCAGCUGUUUUUUAUUUCGGUUGCCAAUGGAAUUUUCGUGCUUUGCAACGUUUGUGUUGGUGGUAGCAGUGCGCUUUUAUGUUUUUUUUUAACAUGUGUUCCCAUUAGCUUAUUUGAUACUUAAUGCCUGACUGUACCGGGGUACGACGAUAAUCAUCAGUUGCGAGCUCUCGGAGAACAACCAUGUGAAGAGUCAGCUGUCCGUGGUACACAAAGAAAGUUUAGUGGUGCUUUUACAUGCGAUUUAGAACUCUUGAAUAUUAAGAAGAAUUUAUUUUUUGAAGAAAGAGUUUUUGAUCGAGAAGAUCUAAAAUCAGAAGAUUGUUUUAAGAAUGGGUACAGCUUUACAGUAUCUCGCUGCAGCCACCGGUAAUCUCGCUAUCGUCACAGAUGGCAUGCACUACGGAUGGCCCUCACCCUCACUACCUCAACUAGAAAACAACACAAACUCAACGUUAUGUUUGACAAGCGACGAGGGUGCCCUCUUGGCUGUGAUGCCCCUAUUAGGGGCCAUUUUAGGAGCCCUAACCGCUGCCAACGUCGUAGACUAUUUGGGGAGAAAAAAGACUAUUAUCUUGACUUCCGUGCCAUUUUUUCUUGCUUGGAUCGUCGUUGCUUUUGCACAGACUGUGAUGUAUUUAUAUAUAGCUAGGUUUAUAGCAGGAAUAGCAGAUGGUGUAACCUUUACAGUAGUACCAAUGUACAUAGGCGAAAUAGCAGAACCACGCGUCAGAGGUCUGUUGGGCUCAAGCUGCUCAGUAAGUUGGAUCCUGGGCUUCCUCCUGAUCAACCUCAUAGGCUCCUACCUCUCCAUCAAGACGACAGCCUUAAUUUCUUCUAGUCUUUGCGUGGUGACUAUCGCCACAUUCAUCUGGAUGCCCGAGAGUCCUUAUUAUCUCCUAAUGAAAAACAAAACAGAUAAAGCAAAAGAAAGCUUAAGAAGAUUUAGAUCUGAUAAAGUAGAUGUGGAAACGGAAAUCUCUAAGAUAAGGAAGUCCAUUAUGAGUACAGAAAAGGUCAGAGGAUCAUUUUUUGAUUUAUUUACUGUUGCGAGUAACCGUAAGGCGGUUAUUAUCGUAGCAGGACUUCGAGGCUUUCAGCAGUUUAGCGGCACCACUGCCAUAACCUUCUAUGCUCAAGAAAUAUUUAAACAAGCAGGCAGCAAUGUGUCUUCUAAAGAAGCGUCAAUCAUUUAUUUCGCUGUAAUGCUUGUGAUGACCAUGUUAUCCUCAAGCAUUGUAGAUAGAGCGGGCAGAAAACCUUUACUGAUUAUAUCUAUGUCAGGUUCAAUUCUUGCCCUGUUUUUGGAGGGCACGUACUUUUAUAUCGAGAAGAAAACCUCCAUAGAUGUCUCCGAUCUAGAAUACAUCCCCGUAUCAUGCUUAAUAAUGUUUGUUAUCUUUUUCAGCAUUGGUAUGCAAAGUAUUCCCAUAUGCUUGCUGGGGGAAUUGUUCCCCACCAGCGUGAAAGCAUACGCUCUAUGCUUGGCCGACGUUUACUUUAGCCUUGUGGCCUCUGUUGCCUCCAAGUUCUUGCAAUUGAUGAAGGACAGUUAUGGAAUUCAUAUGGCCUUUUAUGGGUUUACACUUUUCUCGAUAAUGGGGUUAUUGUUUAUUAUUUUCGUGGUUCCGGAGACGAAGGGUAAGAGCCUUGAGGAAAUUCAGAUGUAUUUGAGAGGCGAGACGCCUAAGAUGUAUGAAGUUGAGCUGCAGAGUAUGGAGAGGUUGCAAAAAGAGAAAAAUGCUACAGAGGAAGCCUUGCUAAAAGCAUAAUACAUUCUUUCUGUUCAAUAAAGGUUCUAAUUGUUUAAUAAUUUUAUGGCCAAAGUGUAUUUUAAACGUUUUAAGUGAUUUUCUAUAAGUGAUUUGUAAUCUAUAGGUACCUGUUUUUUUUUUAAUGUAAUUUUGUUUUAUAAUGUAAUUAAUUAUUUUAUGAUGUAUUCUUACAUAAGUUUAUAUUUUAAUCUUGUAUUAGGGCAAUUUUAGUGAUCUCUCAGAAGUAUAUUUGUAAUAUGAAAUAAAAGAAUUAUAUUUGUCAAUAAAAAUGGUUAUUUUA